AUGGCGCGAUUCAAGCACGAGUAUGUUGAGACGACGUAUAAGGGCAACCCAGUCUUGGGACGCAAAUGGCAAGGCAAACUUGUUUUUCCUCGGCAGCCAGGAUACCUAACGCCUGGCGAACAAGGGUAUUUAGCAACGAUGCGCCAGCUGUUCGAGGAGGCUAUGCAAGACCAGAGCAUAUCAACUUUACUUGUGUUUGACGAUGAUGCGCUCCUGCACUGCAACUUCACGGAGGCACUUAGUGAGCUGUUGAGUGAGGAGCGAUGUGGGAGUUUGGUGGACAUUCACGGCACAGGUGGUGUGCUGCUGUUGGGUGCCACGAUCUGGAUCAACGGCACGUUUCCAUCACGAGGCCGAUGGACUGGUGGCUGGCGGCAAGUGAUGUAUGACAUUCGAGCGACAGAGAAGCGGACCGGCCGGAGGACGCAGUGCUUCAACGUGGACCGAAAAACCAUGGGCACAUUUGGUGUAAUUUACCAUCGGCACACGUUCCCGUACAUUAUUGAAUGGAUUCAGCGCGCUGAGAAACCCUUCGACCACAUUUGGGCUCAUCUGACAGACAAGGGCUUUCCCGUGCGCGCAGCUCGCGAUGCCAUUGUUGUGCAAGAUGUGCGACAUGAGUCUUCAGUCGAUCCCAGCCGAGGCCUUCAAGAAGACCUCUGGGCUCGGGCCCGCCAGCAUCGCUGGGAUAUGAGCAGGUUCUGCGAUCCUGCCACCGGAGCUUCUUUGCAAGUGCCCAAAUAA